AUGGCAAAGAGAAAGCGUAACACCAAUGUCGAGCCGGCUGCAGCUACCGUAGCUCUUCCCAGCAAAAAAAUCAAAUCAACCCCACAACCACCUCCAAAAUCUCCCGGAUCUCCCACCACAAUUCAGAUAAUCGCGGGGUCUUACGACCGAGUCCUUCACGGUCUAACAGCAGUCAUAUCACAGAACGACGAUGUCGAAUUCGCUGAUACGUUUCUCUUCAAUGCCCAUGCCUCAGCCAUCCGCUGCCUCGCCCUCUCCCCGCCCUCUGCACCUGUUCCAAAGCAAACCCAAAAGGUCAUCCUCGCGAGCGGCAGCACAGAUGAACGCAUAAACCUCUACCAUAUCUCCGCCCACGCACCUUCGUACGUUACCGUCCCCGCCAUCGCCGGCCUCUCAGCAAAAGCCGUCAUUGAAAACCCGCAAAACAAAGAAUUGGGCUCGUUGUUACAUCAUUCGAGCUCCGUGACUGGCCUAUUCUUCCCGAAUAGGAGUAAGCUCCUGAGUUCCGCGGAGGAUAAUACGAUUGCGGUGACAAGGACGAGGGAUUGGAGUUUGCUGAGCACGAUUAAGGCUCCAGUUCCAAAAGCUAUGGGAAGACCUAGCGGAGACACGGCGCCGCUGGGAGGCACACCUAGUGGGGUUAAUGAUUUUGCGGUACAUCCGAGUAUGAAGCUUAUGAUUUCCGCUGGCAAGGGAGAGAGGUGUAUGCGGUUGUGGAAUUUGGUUACCGGCAAGAAGGCUGGAGUGCUCAAUUUCGAUAGGGAGAUAUUGGCGGAAGUUGGAGAAGGGAAAUUCACAAGCGGCGAGGGGAGAAAGGUAGCAUGGGGAGCUACGGAUGCAGGAGACGAAUUCUGUGUUGGGUUUGAUAAGGGCGCGGUGGUAUUCGGGAUGGACAGCAAGCCGAAGUGCAAGGUGGUUCCCCAGCCAAGGGAUACAAAGCAGAAAUGGACGAAGAUACAUCAAUUAUGCUACGUGCAAGUUGGCCAAGAGGAGGAUAUUCAGGUGUUGGCCAUGUCCACAGAAGAUGGCAGAAUACUGUUCUAUUCUACCCGGCCCGCUGAUUUGGUUGCUCAACCCGCCGGGAAGGCGAAAGAUGCAGCUCUUCCGGCUGCAAAGUUGAUUGCCGUACUCGAUGCCAAGGAUAUCCAAGGCGCGAAGAAUGACGAGGGGAAAGGAAAGACUACGAAGUCGGAAGAAAAUCUUCCCCGAAUCAAAGAUUUUGUAGUGCUUAAUGUCGGCGAAGGGGCAUCGAAAUGCCUCAUCAUCGCAGCAGCACGCAGUGAUGGCACAUUGAUGGUGUUCAAGCUCUCUGCCUCAGACCUGCUUCCCGAGAAUGUUGUGGAAGCCAAGCCAGUUGGGAAAUUACUGGGGACAUAUAAGACUGGGAACCGCAUCACCUGUUUGAAGGCAUUUGUCAUGUUACCCCAGCUCAACGACGGAGAGGACUAUGGUGAUGAAAGUGGGUUUGAGGGCUUUGAUGGUAUUGAGGAGGGUGGUGAAAGUAGUAGUUCUGAUAGCGAGUAA